ACGAAUUUGAUAAAAUGCGGGACGAAGAUCGAGUUGCUAUUCACGAAGCAAUGGAGCAACAAACCAUUUCUAUUGCCAAGGCCGGAAUAACUACUAUUUUAAAUUCACGUACCUCAGUAUUGGCUGCCGCCAAUCCAAUAUUUGGUCGUUAUGACGAUUUGAAAACACCAGGAGAGAAUAUAGACUUUCAAACUACGAUACUGUCAAGAUUUGAUAUGAUUUUCAUCGUGAGAGACGAACAUAAUGACCUGCGAGACCGGGAUAUCGCUCGUCAUGUGCUAACAAUUCACAUGCACCGUGCUCCCCCGGAACCCGCAGCAGGCGAAAUUGAUAUCGCAACGAUGAAAAAAUAUUUAGGUUACGCCCGACUAAAAUGCGCUCCAAGAUUAUCCGCAGAAGCCGCAGAAAAAUUAAGCAGCCAUUUUGUUUCUAUUCGAUCUGAAGUGAGAAGAAUUGAAGAAGACACCGGAACGAGAUCAACCAUCCCUAUCACAAUUAGGCAAUUGGAGGCUAUUGUUCGCAUUUCUGAAUCUUUAGCCAAAAUGACGUUGUCGCCACGAGUAACAGAACAACAUGUGGACGAGGCUAUACGUUUGUUCAAAAAAUCAACUAUGGACGCUUUGCAAUCAGGCGAAGUGGAGGGCAUUUCGCAAGCCCAAAUGGCGCGUGAAGUGAAAAAUGUGGAAAAGCAAAUUAAAGAUCGCAUUCCCAUAGGCUCGAGGGCUUCU